AUGAUCGAUUUCGUUGUUGUGGUUGGUAUGUGGCAGGAUUUCGCCGGAGCUGAGAUGCGCACAGUCGCUGUUGCCGCUACACAGUGCGGUGGCGGCGGCGAGAAUGACGUCAUGCCUGAGCGUGACUUCCAGAAGCUGCCGAGCGCUCUCUCAGGGUACUCUCUGCUGCACCUCUCCCGGCCUCUAAUACUUUCUUUUUCAAAAUUAUUGGCAAAGCACAUAGUAAUUGGGAUUUUGCGGGACCAGCCAAUUAUGGCGUACUGCUUCAUUAUCAAUGAUUUGUUGGAGUUAAAGUUAUCAUCAGUGGUUGCCGGUAGUGGGAUAUGUUUGGAAAAACGAACCGAAAGCCUUAUAUUCAUGGAAUUGACGGGACGUGAGACAUGCAUGCUGUUUCUAAGCCCUUCUUGUACCUUGACAUCAUUGCGACUGCGCUUAUUGUCUUUGUUUUAUUUUAGAGCUUGGUCUGUCAGUUCCAAGGUGAGACUUGCUAGAAGAGAGAUUGAAGAAAGCCUUGUGUUUGUGAGGAUAUUAGAUGGUUAG